UUUAAAAUGAUUUUUCCAUCACGAGUGCGGUUUAAACUUGAGAUUUUUCUUGUUGUUUUCCUAUUUUCUCACUGUUUUGCACAAAAAACUCCAAAAAUUAAUAUGCUGUUCGUCAAUGAGGAUGUGAAUGUGGAAGCUAGUAAGAAUGUACAAAUUGCUCUAAACUAUAUAGCCGAAAAUCCAGACAAUCGUCCAAAAUUUAAUUUUUCGGUAAAUUUGAAGCAAGUUUCUGGAAAUCGAUCAGAGCCAAAGGAAUUUUUGAAAAAAUUGUGUGACGUUUACACGAUAUCGGUUGAAAAUGGUGAACAGCCACACAUUAUCCUUGAUACAACGAUGUCUCCUGUCAUAUCUGAAAUUGUAAAGUCUUUUACAUCGGUGCUGGCUCUUCCGACAAUAAGUGGUUCAUUUGGCCAAGUUGGCGAUAUUCAACAAUGGAAUAAUAUAGACGAGGUAAAGCGUCGCUAUCUACUGCAAGUUAUGCCUCCAUCCGAUAUAAUACCUGAAGUUAUUCGAUCGAUAAUUACCUACACGAAUAUGACCAACGCUGGCAUUCUAUUCGACAAAACGUUUGUUAUGGAUCAUAAAUACAAAAAGCUCUUGGAAAAAUUACCAGUGAGACAUAUAAUUGCCGAAUUUAGCUCUGCUGAACAAAUCGCAAUACUGCGCAAGCUGGACAUUACCAACUUCUUUGUUUUGGGGAAAUUGGAAUCGAUUAAAAUGGUUUUCGAAACGGUACCGGCUGAUUACUUUGAACGGAAUUUCGCAUGGCACGUAAUAACACAAGAUUUUGGCAAUAUCUCUGCAUGCUGUACAAACUUCAACGUAACAUUGAUCAGGCCAAAAUCUUACAGCAUACUGGACAAUAGCCACAUUCAAAUGGCGAUGACGAACACAAAACAAAACAUUAAUAUUGCGUCGAUGUUUUACUUUGAUCUCACCUUACGGACUCUUUUGACUGUCAAAAACAUGUUAGCGACGAAUAAAUGGCCCCUAAUGGAAUAUAUCACCUGCAACAGUUACAGUGGAUCAAAUACACCUCAGAGAUCUCUUCUCGACUUGAAAUCGUCUUUCAUUAAUAAUUCGGAGCCAGCUUCAUAUGGAUCAUUCUCUUUUGCUGAUGAUAAUACAGCUUUCAAUGGAAAUAGCACCAUUAAAUUUGAUAUGGACAUUUUGUCGGUUACAAUUCAGGAUGGAGUAGCAAGAGAAAAGAUCGUUGGGAAUUGGACAUCUGGUUUUGGAAUGCCGCUGGUGAUCAAAUCAAAUGAACAUUUGGAAAAACCAAAAAGAAUCUAUCGCGUCUGUAUUGCUUUGAAAGCCCCUUUUGUUAUGCGCGAUGAAUCCGCGCCUCGAGGUUAUAGCGGCUUUGACAUUGACUUGAUGGACGAAAUCGCGAGAAUGGCGAAUUUCAACUAUACGAUCAUUGAGGCUGACGGACAUGGAAUGAUGAACGAUUCUGGCGUAUGGAAUGGGGUAGUGAGAAAAUUGCUGGACAGAGAUGCUGACAUUGGUCUUGGAACCAUGCAAAUUAUGGCUGAACGUGAAAGUGUCAUUGAUUUCAGUGUGCCCUACUAUGAUUUGGUUGGAUUUACCGUUUUAAUGGCCAUACCAAAAUCAAAGAAUACAUUAUUCAAAUUUUUAUCGGUGCUUGAGAAUGACGUUUGGUUCUGUAUUCUAGCAGCCUAUUUCUUCACAAGUUUUUUGAUGUAUGUUUUUGACCGGUGGUCACCAUACAGUUAUCAAAACAAUCGCGAGAAAUAUGCGGAUGAUGAUGAAAAACGUGAGUUCACAAUGAGAGAAUGUCUUUGGUUCUGCAUGACUUCGCUUACGCCACAGGGAGGUGGAGAAGCGCCAAAAAAUCUAUCUGGAAGAUUGGUUGCAGCAACAUGGUGGCUUUUUGGCUUCAUUGUGAUUGCAUCCUAUACCGCGAAUUUGGCGGCUUUCUUGACUGUCUCGCGCAUGGAAGUACCAAUUGAAAGCUUGGAGGGUUUGUCAAAGCAAUUUAAAGUCUUAUAUGCACCAAUAAAUGGUUCGCAAGCGAUGCAUUUUUUUCAGCGAAUGGCCGAAAUUGAGGGACGUUUCUAUGAAAUGUGGAAAGAUAUGUCAUUGAAUGACUCACUAAGCCCCGUCGAACGAUCAAAAUUGGCUGUUUGGGAUUAUCCGGUGAGUGAUAAAUUUACAAAGAUGUGGCAAGCAAUGCAGGAAGCCGGACUGCCAAAUUCUCUGGAAGAGGCUGUUGCAAGGAUUCGAAAUGAAUCGAAUAGUCAAUUUGCUCUUGUUGACGAUGCCACUGAUAUUCAUUACAUCGAAAAGUUAAGCUGCGAAUUUAAAAUCGUUGGCAAUCAAUUCUCCCAGAAAUCGUACGGCAUAGCUGUUCAGAGGGGAAGCCCACUCAAAGGAGACAUUGAUGCUGCACUGCUAAGGCUAUUGAAUGGCAGGUUUAUGGAAAAAUUGAAGGAAGAAUGGGUUUUGAAGAAAAUAAAGUGCCCGAAAGUUGAAGAUCAACAAGAUGGUAUUGCUAUUUCAAACAUUGGCGGCGUGUUCAUUGUGAUUUUGAUGGGAAUCGUAUUAGCCAUUUUUACUCUGAUUUUCGAGUAUUGGUGGUUUAAAUACCGCUAUCAUCCACCAAAAAUAAUCAAUGUUGCCGAAUAUGUCACACCACGUGUACAUUCGACAGCACAGGGACCAUCAGGAUUAUUCAAUAAUCAAAAAAAAUAUGAAACAAGAUUUCGCCACAACUCACAUUCAAAUUGCUGAUGAAAUAGCACCGUAAUAACUGAUUUUUUGGAUUCGAUUGGAGUUUCUACACACA